UGUCUGGCGGGUCCUGAGCUUAGCAGGAGUGUCUGCUGAGAAGUGCGAUGCUAAUCCGCAGAGCCGAGUAAAACAACAGCAAACUAAACCAGACGGACAGACCAUGGCUUCGUUUGUGACUGAAGUUCUGGCCAGCUCCGGGAAACUGGAGAAAGAAGACCUGUCCGGAAAAAUAAGCAAGAUGUCACGGAAGGUGGAGUACACGAAGGAGGAAGUGUGCGACACCAUCAACAAAAGGUAUAAUGAGUUCCUGCCGUGUCUUCAGGGAUCUGAGGAGCUCAUGGGACAGGUCGAUGAGCUCUCCAAGGAAAUCGAUACUCUCAAAACAUGCAUCGACUCCGAGGUACAGGAGAACAUCCAUGUGGCCAUGGCUGAGUAUGCAAAACUGAAGCAGCAGCUGGAGAAAAACACCAUGAUCAUAUCCAUGCUCGGACACCUGAAGGAGUUUCACAGUGCGAUGGAGGACUUCAACAAAGCUGUGCUAGAGAAGAAGUACGUCAGUGCAGCCGAGCAGCUGCAAAGGGCAAAGGCCAGCGUGGAGUCCCUGAAGGACUGGAAGAGCUCAGAGCUGCCGCUGCUCAGAGCCCUCAGCUCAGAGCUCACCGUGCAAAGAGAAAAUUUCAUUUACAUCUUGGGAGAUGAAUGGAAGCGGCUAGCCAUCUGGAAGUUACCUUCCUCUAAAGAGCCUGCAGAUCUGAAGUCCUUCCUGAAGGUCGAGCUGAACCUCAGCCAUGGAAGCAGCAAGAACGAGGAGCAGAAACCGCCUGAUCUGCUCUGCCGCGUCCUCCAGGCUCUGGCCGUGCAGGGAGACCUUCAGCACAAGAUCAAACUUUUCAGUCAGAUCCUGUUGAAGAACAUGUUGAAGCCGUUGGUGAUGUACCCCUCCCUGUCGGUGAAGGUGACGGAGCAAGACGAUGCAACAAGCCUGGCCUUGCAGUGUCUGGAGGAGAGCAGCGAGGAGCGAUCGACUCCGUCACAAGUCUACAGCAAACUCAUCCUGGUGCUCAAGACGCUGCACUCCAACCUGCUGGACGUGUCCAUCGGUGACAAGAAGCUGUCGGCUGUCCUGGGAGAGCUGAUUUGGGAGGAGAUUUCCCAGUGCAUCAUCCAUGAAUGUCUGCUCUAUUCCAUCCCCACCAACAGCAGCCAGCUGGAGAAAUACAACACAGUGAUCAAGGAGACAGAGGAGUUUGAGAAGUCCCUGAAGGAGAUGCAGUAUUUACACGGUGAUUCCACAGACCUGCUCAAAUAUGCCCGGGAUGUCAACUGCCACUUUGCCAGCAAAAAGUGCAAAGAUGUAAUUGUGGCAGCGCGCAAACUCAUGACCUCCAAGAUGCACAACACUGUUAAGAUCACACCAAAUACCAACGUAACUCUUCCCAAGCUGCCGGUGCCGAGUUCAGAGGUCAGGGUGAGUCAGGAGGCCAGGAAGGAGGAGGUGAUGCUUGACAACGUGAAGCAGCUGGCAGCUGGUACUUUGUCCCUGCCAGCCUGUCGCAUCAGUGAGUCAGUUCAGCAGCUGAUGGAGUUGGUGCUGAACACCCUGUGUGAGGCUGUGGGAAGCUCUCCACAAUGUGCCUUGCAGUUGUUUUUCACCGUGAGAAACAUUUUCCAGCUGUUCUAUGAUGUCGUGCCUACGUACCACAAAGAGAGCCUGCUCAAGUUUCCUCAUCUGGCUGCCAUCCAGCACAACAACUGCAUGUACCUGGCUCACCAUCUGCUGACCCUGGGCCACCAGUUCAGACCCCACCUGCCCCCGCCCCUCAGCGAGGGCAUCGCAACAUUUGUCGACAUGGUGCCUGGAUUCAGAAAACUUGGUGCCCAGUGCUUCCUCACACAGCUGAACGUUCAGAGAGCCGAACUGCUGGAGAGACUGUCCACUGCACGCAACUUCUCGAACCUGGAUGAUGAGGAGAACUACAUCGCAGCCAGCAAAGCAGUGAGACAGGUCAUUCAUCAGCUGAAACAGCUGGGCACGGUGUGGCAGGACGUCCUGCCAGUCAGCAUCUACUGCAAAGCCAUGGGGAGCCUCCUCAACACGGCCAUCACAGAAGUCAUCUCCAAAAUCAUGAUGCUUGAGGAUAUUUCGUCUGAGGAUGGCGAGCACCUCCACACGCUGUGCCAGACCAUCAUCGAGGAAGGCCCUUUGGUCUUCAUCCCUCUGGCUGAGGAGAACAAGAACAAGAAAUACCAGGAGGAGGUCCCCAUCUAUGUCAAAAAAUGGAUUACCUUCAAGGAACUUGUCAUUGUGCUGCGAGCCAACCUCCAGGAGAUUGUCAACAGGUGGGCUGAAGGUAAAGGUCCUUUGGCUAUGGAGUUCUCCAGUUCAGAGAUGAAGAGCCUGAUCCGAGCCUUGUUCCAGAACACGGAGCGGAGAGCCAUAGCUCUGACCAAAAUCAAGUAAACACAUCGAGUCAAGAACCCCCAAAAAUAUACUGUUGCACUUUUUCCUCUGAGACAGAUAGCAUUCAUAUCUUCAUUUCCAUCUUUUCUCUCAUGUUAUCCAUUAGUUAUUUUGUACUUGAGCUGGUAAGUACGUAUAGUGACAGACUUGUUUACAUCAGCGGACCUCUCCAACUGACCUCAGAUGCAUCGCUUUGGGAUGUUGGGAGGUUGGAGGCAAAGGCAACAGAGAAAAUUCAAAUUUUAAGCAAUAAUGUUGCAGGACCUUAUUCAUGAUUUACAUGUCAGAGCAGUUUUUUUUCUCAAUCUGAGAAAGCCCCCUAAAAAAAAACCUAAGAUAGUAUUAAAUUUCUAUCUUGCAUCCUGUUUUUUGACUGACUCUUGGAAGACACUUUCCUUGUGCAAGCCACGUAAUCUCUCACAGGAUCCAAAAUUCUCCUAUUAUGUAUGUAUUGUUUGUGCAAAUAAACCAAAAUAUUACAUUUUCUGGCACUAUUUCAACUUGGAUUUGAAUAAAAAUAUUUGUGGCAGAUGAUGCCAUAUCAUCAA